AAUACACUGAAUGCUAGAAGGUAUCUGUCUCGCGACUCUGCAGGAUGAGCAGCACAUUUGUGACACUCGCAGAGGUGCUGGAAGCCAGAGGAGGACCGCUGGAAGAGGACGAGGUUUGGUCCCUCCUGCUGGGCUCGGUUGAAUCACUUGUAGACCUGUCUUACAAAGGUCACAAUAUCUGCAACAUUAUAACUCCUGCAUCACUGCUCUUGUCUGCGACUGGGACACUGGCGUUCAAGAACUGUGCGAUGACAGAUGAGGUUUGUGCCUUCACAGCCCCAGAGAUGUUGCAAGGCCGUGCCAUUUCCACCAAACUAGCCAUGGAGAAGAUAAUCGUGUAUUCUCUUGGUAUGACUCUGUAUUGGUCAGUUGAUUAUCAUCUCCCUCAAAACCAGCCCAUUAAGCUAAGUGACUCUCUGAAUUGCCUUCUCCUGAGCAUGUGUGAGGACAUGGCCCAUCGGCGAGCCAACCUGAACUCCAUCUUGGAGUUGUGUGAAUCGCACCACAAAGCGUCUCUCCUGCCUCCCCCUAACAAAGUCAUCAAACAGCUGGUAGAGGAUGUCUUCCAAGACUCUGUGGAUCGAGCUGCUUUAACUGAAAAUGUUGUGCAGUUGAGUGGGAAAAGUCAGAUGAUCAGAGAAAGACUUCAUGGUAAGCGUGGACCAUGUCCUGGUUAUACAGAGGGGAACGGAGCUACAGGAGAGACUCGCAGACUGUCUCUGGACUCUGAGCUAAAACAAGAAAUUUCCCAUCAACAGAAAACCUGGUCUCUCAGAAGUAGACCUAGUCAGACCACAUCCAAUCAGGGCUCAAACAGAUCUCCACUGGGGCACAGACGAAGCACAAGUUGUUGGCUGUCCCGCAGUACAUGCCUCAACGCUCCCAACAAGAGUGAACCCCGAUCUUCUAGUCCCUGCAUUACUGUUAGUGAGUCUGCAGUCAACCUUUCCCAAAGAAAAGCUAAGAGUCUUGGACCUGAAUUUACCAGGAUGAUUGAUGAACCUCAAAUAGUUUUAGAGCUGCCAGGAUCUAUAGUGUCAAAGAAAGGCAAGUCAGGCUUGUCUCAAAGGGAAGUUAACGUGAUCAUGCCAAAUGAACAGUGUGUGGCAGUGAAAUGUGACAUCAAGUCCCGCGGGAGAGAUGUAUUCGACAUGGUUGUGGCACAUGCUAAUCUUGUGGAACACUUUUACUUUGGCCUUGCUUUCAUUGAUGAUGGUGAAUAUUUCUUUUUGGACCCUGAGACAAAAAUCUCAAAGGUUGCCCCAGAUUACUGGAAGAAAGUGGCUUCUGCAACAUUUACCCUUUUUCUCCGUGUCAAAUUUUUCCCUGAUGACAUCUCCUACAUAUUGCAUAGACUUACACGACACCAAUACUAUCUCCAGCUGAGGAGAGAUGUUCUGGAGGACAGACUGUACUGUAACGAGGAGACUGCAUUGUUUCUCGCUGCUCUCGCACUGCAGGCUGAGUUUGGGGAUUAUAUGCCUGAAGUUUACGGGAAGAACUAUUUCCAGACGGAACAGUACAUCUCUAAGAGAGUCAUAGAGAAAGUGGCCUUGCCCUGUUUAAGAGAGGAGUUGCCAAGGUUACAUGCCAAUAAUGCCCAGAUGCUUCCAGAGGAGGCUGAGAUGGAGUUCUUAAAGAUUGCACAGCAGCUACCAGAGUACGGGGUGUUGUUUCACAGAGUAGCCCGUGAAAGGAAACCUAUUAUUGGAGAGCUGGUUUUGGGAAUUUGUGCCAAAGGUAUUCUGGUAUAUGAAGUCAAGAACAAUUCUCGGAUGUUAAGCCGCAGGUUUCAUUGGACAGAGAUAGACAGUCUGUCAACUAGUAGACGAAAAUUUACCAUUGAGUGCAGCCCUAGUGGGAAGAAGCAGUAUUUUGUGACGGAGAGUUCAAAGAUUGCACAGUACCUCCUGAACCUCUGCUCAGCCCAGCACAAGUUUCACAGUGAGAUGACCUCUCGUCAGCUGACCUACUGUUUAGCCUCAGAUGACAACAUAGCAAAAUAUACAUCAAUAUGUCGUGCUCGACACGAUCAGAUAAAGAGGCUGUCUUGCUCGGAGAUCGUGCUCAAUAAUAUUGGUUUGAAUGUUUUACCAAAUGACUCCAUUAGCAAGUCUUGCGAUGACCUGUCAGCAAAAAUCGGAGUUCGGAUUCAACAAAAGAAUGAAGUAAACUACAUUCCUGAACCAAGAGCUCCAAGUGAACUGAAAGACCAGAGCCAAAGCAGCAGCCCAUCAGACACUUUCAGUCCAAUCUACCGCAUCAUGUCCAAUGUCUCUUUGCAAAAGCAGGACUCAGAGGUUCAUUCCACCACCUCGUCUAUAAGAGUGGACACCCCAACAAGAACAACCCCGGAGAGAGAAAUUAUCUGUGUAACGUUAAAGAAGGAUCCCAAACUUGGCUUCGGUUUUGUAAUAGUCGGGGAGGACAACACAGGGAAGUUAGAUCUGGGAAUUUUCAUUGCAUCCAUCGUUCCGGACGGGCCAGCUGAUAAGGACGGCAGAAUCAGACCAGGUGGUCGGCUGAUCUCUCUGAAUAAGAUCAGUCUAGAGGGGGUGACGUUUAAUAAAGCUGCUGCCAUACUGCAGAACAGCCCGGAUGAAGUGGAGCUCAUAGUGUCCCAACCCAAACAGGAUCUUCGGGACAGUAAGACUUCACUGGCUGCAAGUAAUUUAGGGAUAAUGCUGGAAAAAGGAUUUGGCUCCCAAAGCACCCUGAGUGCAGAGUACAGGCCUGUGAUGGAGGAGCUGGAGGAGACUCUCUCCAACAUUAUGGCUCCUAAAAUGGGCAAAAGGCUGCACAUACCUGUGGUGCGGAUUCUGGAUAUUCAGGAUGGGAUGUCUAAUAAUUCUUCUAGCUUCAGUUUGAAGCCAGGUGAAGAAAUCUACAUGGAGCUCAGAAAGAUCAACAGCAGCUUGGGAAUCAGUGUUGCUGGGGGAAUCAACACUAAUGUACACCAUGGAGGAAUUUACAUCAAAAGCGUGAUGCCAGGAGGGGCGGCAGAUCAAGAUGGAAGAAUACAGAUAGGUGACAGGCUGCUGGAGGUGGACGGCUGUAACCUGCGCUCCGUCACACACAGGCAGGCAGUGGAGUGCCUAAAGAGGACGGGAGAGGUGGUGAGCCUGGUUCUUGAACGAGAGCCUCCGGUGGUGUUAGACACUUUCAGUGCUUCAUCCAGGUCGGAGAGACAGAGAUCUCCUUCACAUCUCAGUGUGCAGAGCGCACCCACCCCCCUGAGGAGAGAUGUGACAAUGGAAACACCCUUGUCUGUCAGGGCCAAGGACUUCAGAUUUGUGUCAGAUGAUAACAUCCGGGAGGUGACGCUUCAGAAGAGUCUCAGUGGCCUGGGGUUCAGCUUCCUCGUAUCUGAGCUGGGUCCUGAUGAGGGCAGCAUGGUGCAUAUUAAAAGCCUUUCUUCUGGUCAGCCUGCAGGGGACUGUGGGCUUCUGAAGGAGGGAGACAUAAUCCUGGCCGUCAAUGGAGAACCUGUUAAAGGCUUGUCCUAUGAGGAAGUUCUGCAUCUCCUCCAAAAAUCUCCACCUGAGAUCAGGCUGUCAAUCUACAGACCCCCACAGGAGGAACAUAGAGAUAUUGACACAUCUCUGGAACCAGACACAUUUCCAGCCCGUGCUCUGAGAUCCAGGUCUCUAGACAUGCAGGCGAGGUCUUUUGCCCCAGACUUCAGUGAACUCCUCAAGAAGCGGACAAUAGAGAUUAGUCUAAAGAAAGAAGUUCCCCCUGAGCAAACCCAGGAGAUCCCCUUGACCCAACAGAGCCAAGACAGUGAGAUAGUGGAUAUGACUACAUCAGCCCCUCCACCCCUACCUUCACGUCCAUCCUCGAGGGAAGCUGGAGAAUUAAAACACCAUGCCAUAGAGAGGGAUAAGCAUGAGAACAAAACUCCACCCUCAACACCAAGCACUGUUAAAGUGACAACAGCCAAUAUAGCACCAACUCCAGCAGCCCCUGAAACAACAUUUACAGCCCAUCAGCAAGAGUCAAAAGAUAAUGUUGACUCAAAAACCAACCAUGACUCAGCUUGUACCAGUCACACAACUGAAGGUGUGGAAGAGAGCAUGACAAGUUUCACAGCUAAUGGGCUGAUUGUUACGGCUGAUGAAGAAUAUUUGACCAUCGCCACCAUGGCACCCUCUCCCCCAACCAGAAGCACCAGUGCUUUCUCCAGUGAACCGCCCGCUCCACCAGCCCUUUCAUUGUUAAGCACACCUCCAUCCUACCAGCAAGCAACUGAAGCAGCAUCCCCAGAAGAACCUCCUGCCCAGCUCAGCACAACAACGGUCAGCAACAACAACGGCUGGGACGAUGAUGAAGACGAUGACGAAGAUCCCAGAGGGGACGUGCUGACGGAGUUUGAACUGACUGUCUCACUGACCAAAUCAUGGUGUGGCAGCUUCGGUUUUACAAUAACCAGGAGUAAACUGGACAAUUGCUAUUAUGUCCAGGAUGUCCUGGAUAAUCCGGCCAAAGCAGAUGGCAGACUGAGGGCAGGAGACAGGCUUGUCAUGGUGAACGGUCACAAUGUGACCAAUGUGGCAGAUGACGUGGCAAUUGGCAUCCUCAGGUGCUCCUCCAAACGACUGCACAUGGUGUUGGGAAGAGCUGUGCAAAAUUUACUGCCUCCACCACCUCCUGACACCCUCCAGGACAUUGUCAUACCCAAGACUCCAUCUGGACAAUUGGGUAUUAAGCUAACAGGGGGCAUUGGCAGCAAAUGGCAGGGAAUUUAUGUCCAGGAGGUGGUACCAAGCUCCCCUGCUAGUGAAGAGGGCAGCAUCCAGCCCAAUGACAAGAUUGUUUACAUAUGUGGGAAGUGCACCCUGGGAAUGACACUGGAGGAUGCGGUGAAAGUGUGUGAAAGCGCCCCACGCAAAGUCAGAUUCAAAGCCAUGAGAGAUGAUCAACCAGUGAUACCAAUGGAUAAAUGGAAUGGUUUGUUUGAAUGGAUGGAGAAAAAAGCCUGUCCUCGCCUCGAAGAGCCUGUGUUGCCUGACGUGGAGGCAGCUGCUAUGGAUGGUAAACCUGUCGCUGACAGUGCCAUGCAAUUCAGGAAGAGGCUGUCCGUCACAUCGGAGCAGGAGAGCUGUAUCCUCCAGGUAGAGUUCACCAAGCCUGAGAGAAGUGGGCUGGGCUUUGCUCUGGUAGGCGGGGUCAACGGGAGCACACUAAGAGUGAAAGAUAUUUGCUGUGGGGGUGCGGCUGAGCAGGAUGGUCGUCUCAGAGUGGGUGACAUCCUUUUGGAGGUGAAUGGUAUCAUUGUGUCAGGACUGAGCCACGGUAAAGUUGUGGAUAUUUUGCGGAAGGCAGAGGGCACGGUUCAGUUAACCAUAUGUAGGGACAUCCUGCCAAUGUUUACCUGCUCUGGUUCCAGCUCCCCUGCUGAGGCCACUCAGGAAUUCAGCACACUCAAUUCUGCAGAUAUUAGAGCACAAACAGAAGCACAUGCAGAUCAUGUGUCUUUCCAGACCUCAGAUUGUCCUGGACUUAGAGGGGAAUGUGACCAGGAAAGUCGAAACUGUACACCUACCUGUCAGAGGUGUUGUCCGUCUCUGGGAGUUACUGACAUGCUACAAGAAAAGACAGACCCCCAGAAGCAGCAUCUAGCAAAAUCUGCCAUGAAAGCAGAGCAUAGCGAGUCAGACGACUGGAGCAGUGAUGAGGAAGAGGAUGGUGAUGAUGAUCACAAUGCUUCUCAGCCAUCGCCUGCAGAGGCUAUUCCUCAAACAGGUCGACCGAUCGUGUCAGAAGAGGAGCUUGCCAGUCUUGCGGUCAUAUCCCCUUCUAAGAAUGGGCAGUACUCUGGUUCCAGGGUCAAAGCUCUCAUCCAAGCCCUUGAACAGUUGGAAAAGCAAGAUCUGAUUAAAGAAUUUAUGGCUUUAGAGCAUUUGAAACCCUCAGACAACUGCCUAGUUGGAAAAGCACCCGAAAACCGGGAGAAGAACAGAUACAGGGAUAUCCUGCCCUAUGAUAAGACGCGUGUUCCUGUCGGAGAGAAUGGGGGCUACAUCAAUGCCAGCUACAUUUGUAUGAAGGUGGGCACCGAGGAGCUCUUCUACAUCUCUGCUCAGGGCCCUUUGCCUGGCACUCAGGAUAACUUCUGGCAGAUGGUGUGGGAGAACAAGUCUGAUGUUAUCGCCAUGAUGACCCAGGAGGUGGAACGUGGCCGUGUAAAAUGCCACAAAUAUUGGCCCGAAAAACUUGAUGUUCCCAAAGAAACCAGCCGUUACCAGCUCUUCCUGGAUAACUACCAGAUGCUUGGCUAUUUCCACAUCAAGGUCAUCAAGAUGGUGGAAAAAGAGAGCGGAGGCGUUCACUUUGUGAAGCAUCUAAAGUUCACCACAUGGCCAGACCAUGGCACUCCUCUCUCCUCCGAGCAGCUGGUGUGCUUCAUUCGCUACAUGAGGGCUAUACACUCUAAAGGGCCGAUCACAGUCCACUGCAGUGCAGGCAUUGGCCGAGCUGGAGUCCUCAUCUGCACUGAUGUCAUCCUCAGUCUUAUUGAGAAAGACUUAAGUAUUAAUGUGAGUGACAUAGUAAAGGAAAUGAGACUCCAGCGGCACGGCAUGAUUCAGACCAAGGAACAAUACCUCUUUUGUUACAAAGUCUGGCUGGAGGUGUUACAAAGCAUCUCACUUCUUCAUGGUCACCACUGGCAAACUGAAACCUGUUCAUUAAAGCAUCCUUACAGUCCUUAAAAUGUGUCACAGAAAGGCAACAAUAGAUGUGUCUUGGAGUGGCAGAUAUGUGUUGAUCGUGUGUGUCUAAUAGUAUGACCACUAGUUCUAUUAAUCGAAUAUUGAAUAUAUCAUAGGAAAUAUGGUAGACAUUUUCAUUUACUGUGCAAAGUCCUUGUGUGAUCUGAUAUAUAUUUUUGUACCAUUUUGGCUUAAAAACACUGAUUUCAUAGCCUUUCUGGACUCCUAGUCAUUUUGCCUUGAACUUGUUUUAGUUUCUUUAAUGCAAAAGUUAUGCACAACAAUUAUUAAUUCAAUUCAGUUAAUUGAAUUAAUCAAUUUAGUAAUUAUUUAAUUCACUUGACUUAUUUUUCACAUUUUAAUGUCACAUUUCAAUGUCAAAUUUUCAGAUUUUCUUACAGAAUUGCAUUGUUUUGAUUUGUUAGUAUUGCAGUGUCUGAUUUUAGUAGCCGCGAGAGAGGUCAUCUUCAUUCAAAAUGAUUUUUACACUCUCAGAAGAACCAGCUGCUAGACAGAUACUUUUAGCAAAGUGCCUUUUAAUUUCUCUACAUGUGGGCAGUUUACCGCUCAUCUUUCUUUAUCUGCACU